ACAUUGUCUAAUGCCUUGAGUUGUGUUUGCAGGAGCGCCGCGAAUUCCUGAAAGUGUAGCUGGUCCCCGUUGAUACUGCAUCAUGUCUUGUGCGCACCUACUGUUGUUGAUGAGCUUGGCAUUGCCGAUGCGCACUGGCGCAGCUGUGGAGAUUCAGCGUCCACGCGGAGUACCACUAUCAAGUGAGUUGACAUCUAAUUCUGACCCGAACUCAGACAAAUAACGUUAUGGUUCUCAUCACAGCCAGUGACGUAGGCCUAGUCUAUGGCAGUCUAUGCUAUUUUAGCUGUCAGAAUCCCAUUGUGAGCAUGGUUUUUAUCCUGGUAGGUGUGCAUUGUCUCUCAGAUGAGCUCUUACAGUUGAAGUCGGACGUUUACAUACAUUUAGGUUGGAGUCAUUAAAACUCGUUUUUCAACCACUCCACAAAUUUCUUGUUAACAAACUAUAGUUUUGUCAAGUCGGUUAGGACAUCUACUUUGUGCAUGACACAAGUAAUUUUUCCAACAAUUGUUUAGACAGAUUAUUUCACUUAUAAUUCACUGUAUCACAAUUCCAGUGGGUCAGAAAUGUACAUACACUAAGUUGACUGUGCCUUUAAACAGCUUGGAAAAUUCCAGAAAAUGAUGUCAUGACUUUAGAAGCUUCUGAUAGGCUAAUUGACAUCAUUUGAGUCAAUUGGAAGUGUACCUGUGGAUGUAUUUCAAGGCCUACCUUCAAACGCAGUGCCUCUUUGCUUGACAUCAUGGGAAAAAGAAUUGUAGACCUCCACAAGUCUGGUUCAUCCUUGGGAGCAAUUUCCAAACGCCUGAAGGUACCACGUUCAUCUGUACAAACAAUAGUACGCAAGUAUAAACACCAUGGGACCACGCAGCUGCCAUACCGCUCAGGAAGGAGACGCAUUUUGUCUCCUAGAGAUGAAUGUACUUUGGUGCGAAAAGUGCAAAUCAAUCCCAGAACAACAGCAAAGGACCUUGUGAAGAUGCUGGAGGAAACGGGUACAAAAGUAUCAAUAUCCACAGUAGAACGAGUCCUAUAUCGACAUAACCUGAAAGGCCGCUCAGCAAGGAAGAAGCCACUGCUCCAAAACUGCCAUAAUAAAAGCCAGACUACAGUUUGCAACUGCACAUGGGGACAAAGAUCGUACUUUUUGGAGAAAUGUCCUCUGGUCUGAUGAAACAAAAAUAUAACUGUUUGGCCAUAAUGACCAUCGUUAUGUUUGGAAAAAGGGGGUUGCUUGCAAGCCGAAGAACACCAUCCCAACCGUGAAGCACGGGGGUGGCAGCAUCAUGCUGUGGGGGUGCUUUGCUGCAGGAGGGACUGGUGCACUUCACAAAAUAGAUGGCAUCAUGAGGAAGGAAAAUUAUGUGGAUAUAUUGAAGCAAAAUCUUAAGACAUCAGUCAGGAAGUUAAAGCUUGGUCGCAAAUGGGUCUUCCAAAUGGACAAUGACCCCAAGCAUACUUCCAAAGUUGUAGCAAAAUGGCUUAAGGACAACAAAGUCAAGGUAUUGGAGUGGCCGUCACAAAGCCCUGACCUCAAUCCUAUAGAAAAUGUGUGGGCAGAACUGAAAAAGCGUGUGCGAGCAAGGAUGCCUACAAACCUGACUCAGUUACAUCAGCUCUGUCAGGAGGAAUGGGCCAAAAUUCACCCAACUUAUUGUGGGAAGCUUGUGGAAGGCUACCCGAAACGUUUGACCCAAGUUAAACAAUUUAAAGGCUAUGCAACCAAAUACUAAUUGAGUGCAUGUAAACUUCUGACCCACUUGGAAUGUGAUGAAAUAAAUAAAAGCUGAAAUAAAUUAUUCUCUCUACUACUAUUCUGACAUUUCACUUUCUUAAAAUAAAGUGGUGAUCCUAACUGACCUAAGACAGGGAAUUUUGACUACGAUUAAAUGUCAGGAAUUGUGAAAAACUGAGUUUUAAUGUAUUUGGCUAAGGUGUAUGUAAACUUCCGACUUCAACUGUAUGUACCCAACCCUUACCUGUCCCCAUCGAUCCCGACAGAGAGACAGUUCUAUGAGGAGAACAAGCCCUUUACCUGUCUGGAUGGCUCCCGCACCAUCCCCUUUGAUCGAGUCAAUGAUGACUACUGCGACUGCAAGGAUGGCUCAGAUGAACCAGGUACAGUAUCACUCACUUCUCAUCAGUAAAGCCAGACUGAACCCACUAUCAAGACACUACACACUACUGUGCACAGUUAUCAAUAAGGUAUUGACUGUAAUGAAUGUCUUUGCAUUUUUUCCUCAGGUACUGCUGCCUGCCCCAACGGCAGCUUCCACUGCACCAACGCUGGCUUCAGACCCGCAUUCAUCCCUUCCUCCCGGAUCAACGACGGCAUCUGUGGUAAGAACAUCGUCACCGCAUCUUUCCAUGGAUCAGUCAUCCCGUUCUCUCUGUACCUUUUUUGUGUGUGUAAGUGCUGUGUGCUGAUGAAGUGUGUUCUCUCCUCAGACUGCUGUGACACGACAGACGAGUACAACAGUGGUGCCACUUGUCAAAACACCUGCAGGUGAGCAGUAGUAAAAAAACAGCAUUGUGCAAACAUUGGCCUUUGUGUUGUCAAACGAUUCCUCCAGUAUGUGCCCAGUAUGUGUGUGAAGACUGAUUGUGUUGGCUGUGUAACCCCUAGGGAGUUGGGGCGUAAGGAGAGGGAGAGUCUGCAGAUAAUGGCUGAGAUCACAAAGGAAGGCUUUAUGCUCAAACAACAGCUGAUACAUGAAGCUAAAAGGGGACAGGAGGACAAACAGGUGAGAGAGACUAACCAACCAAACGGUGUAAAAAGGAUAGUAGAUGCAUGUGGAUGUAUUUGGGGUUGAGUAGGCAGCAGAAAUGGCUGGGGCCUAUACAGAGACCAUUUCAUAUAUAGAGGGAUUGGUAUAAAUCCUUGCCAUAGAACGUGUUCAUCAAAUGACAAAACUUUAUUUCAAAAGUUUUGUGUAAAUUACUUCCAUCCAUGUGUUUGUGCAGGGCAAGUUGACUGAGCUGCAGGGAAGUAAGAAGGGUCUGGAGGAGAAGGUGGAGGCUCUGAGGACCGUGAAAGAAACGGCAGAGGAUCCAGAGAAAGAGGCUAAAGAGCGCCACCUGAAGGCUUGGGAGGGUAAGUACACUGGAAGCUAUUAUCUCUCUGCUUUUAACCUAUGCACAUCAUCAAUUCUCUCAAUGUAUUUGUUUUCUUCACAAAAAAAGGUGCUUUUGUGCUGUUCGGUAAAACCAAGAUAUUUAAGUAUAUUCAUAUAGUUAAAAAACAGAUUUUGUUAAAUGCCCAGGGCAAAUCAUAUGGGUUUUUUGUAACAUUUUACAUUUACGUCAUUUAGCAGACGCUCUUAACCCUAAUUGCUCCUGUAAGUCGCUCUGGAUAAGUGCCUUGCUCAAGGGCACAUCGACAGAUUUUUCACCUAGUUGGCUCUGGGAUUAGAACCAGCGACCUUUCGGUUACUGGCACAACGCUCUUAACCACUAAGCUACCUGCCACCCCUGAUCAUUACCCAGAGGAUUAUGCUGGAGAGGAGGAGGAUAGACGUUUUACAAAUCAUCUCUCCAGUCAGAUUUUUUUGAUGCAGUUAACUUAAUGAUUUGGAAAUCAAUUACAAAAGACCUGUUGAAGAUUUCUCUUUCUAAGUUGUAUGUGAUUGAUUUGAUUUGUCUGUUUCAGAACAAAAAGAAGUCAUCCGUAUGGAGAAGGACAAAGCUAGAAUGGCUGCGGCUUUUCUGGAGCUGGAUGAUGACGCAGACGGCUAGUGAGUGUGUGUGUGUGUGUCACUGUCAGCGUUGGAGAUAUUCAGAGAUAUUUCUGUGUGAUUCAGUGAGUGGCUAAUAUGGUGCUUUUGUUAUUCCCAGUGUUUCUGUGGCUGAGCUGCAGUCCCAUCUAGAGCUGGACCCAGAUUCAGAUGGCUCUCUGACGGAAACAGAGACUCAGGUAAGAUGCCUGUUAUCUUCCUCCCCCUCAAGUCAAGUGAUGCAUUUCUAUCACACUAGUCAAUUAUAGUGGGCAGUCGUAUCUUUAUACUACUUAGCCUAGGUCAUGUAAUGCAUCACCCCAACUACCCACAUGACAAAAUACAACUAUUUUAUAUUUGCAAAUGCAGUGCUUUUAGCAACACCUUUUUCUAUAUUCAAAAUGGGCAGUACACUGCAAUAAACCUUUUUUUUUUUUUUUUUUUUGUAUUGACAUAUUAAGUCAAAAUUACUUGUUUUUAUUUGAUCUCGCUUACCCAAAGCAUUUGCAUUUACAGUGGGGGAAAAAAGUAUUUAGUCAGCCACCAAUUGUGCAAGUUCUCCCACUUAAAAAGAUGAGAGAGGCCUGUAAUUUUCAUCAUAGGUACACGUCAACUAUGACAGACACAAUGAGAAUUUUUUUCUCCAGAAAAUCACAUUGUAAGAUUUUUAAUGAAUUUAUUUGCAAAUUAUGGUGGAAAAUAAGUAUUUGGUCAAUAACAAAAGUUUCUCAAUACUUUGUUAUAUACCCUUUGUUGGCAAUGACACAGGUCAAACGUUUUCUGUAAGUCUUCACAAGGUUUUCACACACUGUUGCUGGUAUUUUGGCCCAUUCCUCCAUGCAGAUCUCCUCUAGAGCAGUGGGGCUGUCGCUGGGCAACACAGACUUUCAACUCCCUCCAAAGAUUUUCUAUGGGGUUGAGAUCUGGAGACUGGCUAGGCCACUCCAGGACCUUGAAAUGCUUCUUACGAAGCCACUCCUUCGUUGCCCGGGCGGUGUGUUUGGGAUCAUUGUCGUGCUGAAAGACCCAGCCACGUUUCAUCUUCAAUGCCCUUGCUGAUGGAAGGAGGUUUUCACUCAAAAUCUCACGAUACAUGGCCCCAUUCAUUCUUUCCUUUACACGGAUCAGUCGUCCUGGUCCCUUUGCAGAAAAACUGCCACAAAGCAUGAUGUUUCCACCCCCAUGCUUCACAGUAGGUAUGGUGUUCUUUGGAUGCAACUCAGCAUUCUUUGUCCUCCAAACACGACGAGUUGAGUUUUGACCAAAAAGUUCUAUUUUGGUUUCAUCUGACCAUAUGACAUUCUCCCAAUCCUCUUCUGGAUCAUCCAAAUGCACUCUAGCAAACUUCAGACGGGCCUGGACAUGUACUGGCUUAAGCAGGGGGACACGUCUUGCACUGCAGGAUUUGAGUCCCUGGCGGCGUAGUGUGUUACUGAUGGUAGGCUUUGUUACUUUGGUCCCAGCUCUCUGCAGGUCAUUCACUAGGUCCCCCCGUGUGGUUCUGGGAUUUUUGCUCACCGUUCUUGUGAUCAUUUUGACCCCACGGGGUGAGAUCUUGCAUGGAGCCCCAGAUCGAGGGAGAUUAUCAGUGUGUCUUCCAUUUCCUAAUAAUUGCUCCCACAGUUGAUUUCUUCAAACCAAGCUGCUUUCCUAUUGCAGAUUCAGUCUUCCCAGCCUGGUGCAGGUCUACAAUUUUGUUUCUGGUGUCCUUUGACAGCUCUUUGGUCUUGGCCAUAGUGGAGUUUGGAGUGUGACUGUUUGAGGUUGUGGACAGGUGUCUUUUAUACUGAUAACAAGUUCAAACAGGUGCCAUUAAUACAGGUAACGAGUGGAGGACAGAGGAGCCUCUUAAAGAAGAAGUUACAGGUCUGUGAGAGCCAGAAAUCUUGCUUGUUUGUAGGUGACCAAAUACUUAUUUUCCACCAUAAUUUGCAAAUAAAUUCAUUAAAAAUCCUACAAUGUGAUUUUAUUUUCUCAAUUUGUCUGUCAUAGUUGACGUGUACCUAUGAUGAAAAUUACAGGCCUCUCAUCUUUUUAAGUGGGAGAACUUGCACAAUUGGUGACUGACUAAAUACUUUUUUUCCCCACUGUACUUGUUUUGAGUUACCCAGAAAAUGCAUCAAGAUAAUUUGUCUUGGGCUCCCGAGUGGCGCAGCGGUCUAAGGCACUGCAUCUCAGUGCUUGAGGCGUCACUACAGACCCCCUGGUUCGAUUCCAGGCUGUAUCACAACCGGCCGUGAUUGGGUGUCCCAUAGGGCGGCGCACAAUUGGCCCAGAGUCGUCCGGGUUUGGCCGGUGUAGGCCGUCAUUGUAAAUAAGAAUUUUUUUCUUAACUGACUUGCCUAGUUAAAUAAAGGUAAAACAUUUUUUUUUGACUUUUUUGAUAUUCUGACUAUCAAGCCUUUUGUAGGUUAAAAUAAGCACAUGAUCUGCCAGUGCAGUAAGAUCAUUUAUCUUGGUAAGACGUCUUAUUAAGAUAAACAAAUAUUAUUUCAUGAUGGAAGUUUUGCAAUUUUUCUGAUUUCCUAAUCCAUUCCCACAGGGAUUGCUGGGAGGCGCAGACAAAGUGGACACGUCAACAUUUGAAAGUGUGUGGAGUGGCAUCAAAGACAAGUACCUAUCAGAGGUCAGCACCACAUUAACUCUUAUGUUCCACAGUCAUUUCCAUAUCCUGGUAGAAUGUUCUAUGGUCUGUGUCCUGGAGCUUCAGAUUGGGUGUCUAGGCUGGGUUACUGUAAAGCACUUUGUGAAAAAUGUGCUUUAAAGGGCUGUGUAAGUUUGUGUGAUUUGAUUGGUUGAUGAUGUGACUGUGUGGGUGUCUCAGGGCCAGUCGGAUCCCCCUGCCCCAGUGGAGACCCCCCAGGAGGAGGAGACCAGGGACUUUGUCUCUGACCACGACUCUGACCAUUACCCAGAGGAUUACGCUGGAGAUGAGGAGGAUGUGGAGGACGACGAGGAAGAUGGUGAUCACGAGGAGGAGGAGGAAGAGGAGAAGGUAGGCUUCCCUCGUUCAUGAAAAGUUGGCAAUCCUCACGUUGGCCUGGAUGGACCUGAGCUAGGCUAGUAUUGGAGGGCUUGGGUGGUCAGUUGUCCCAGUAACAUAAUGCGUGUUUGAUGAUUAGGUCCCUCCCACCGUGCCGACCCCAGAGAAAAGAGAGGACGAUGAGGUGUCCAUGCCACCAUACGACGCUGAGACCCAGAGCCUUAUUGAUGGUGCAUACAUUCAUCUGUCUUACAAUCUGGGCUUAGUACCGCACUACCUUUUAAACAGGGACACAAUGGGUUUGUCUGGAUAUACGAAGCAGGGGGUUCAGAUGAUAUUAAGCGUAAAUGUCUGAAUUGUGAUUUUCUGUGCUGUGGAAUUGUAUGUCUCAUUGGUCUGUCCUUUGAGGUUGUGUUUUCUUUGUCUUUGAUCCUCAGCUGCCCAGAAAGCCAGGGAUGAUUUCGAUGAAGCUGAGAGGGCCCUCCGGGAAGUGGACGAUCAAAUGAAGUGAGUUUGCAACCAGGCAACCACAAUGCUUAAUCUCUGCUGGCUUUGGCAACAACUGUAUGUUAGUCCUUGCACACAAAAACAUAUCAUGAUGAUACUCAACAUGCAAACACUACACAGGUAUACAAGUGCAGGUUGUAUUAUUAGGUUUGAAAACGCAAAUGAAAGUACCCUGUUUCUUUAUUUGGAUCUGCAGGAACCUUGAGAAGGAGAUUGGCUUUGACUUUGGGCCCAGUGCAGAAUUUGCAUACCUGUACAGCCAGUGCUAUGAAUUAUCCACUAGCGAGUACGUAUACUUAAUCUAUCUUUGUAAAUACCCGUAGUCUGUAUGCCUUUGUGAGAGAAAUAAUCUGUGUUUAUAUGAAUGUGAAACUGUUUGAAUCUACCAAAGAUUAGAUCUAAGACUGUGCCCCUCUUCUUUUUAAUCAGGUACAUCUACAGGCUUUGUCCAUUCAAUAGGGUCUCCCAGAAACCUAAGUUUGGGGGAUCAGAGACCAACCUUGGGUAAGAGAACCUCCUCUUAACUUCAUUUUACUGGAGCCUUUAACUGUUCAAAUGACUGUGGUCCUUCUAAAACUGUUAGGAAUGUUAGUGGUCAUUCUCCUCUCUGUCUCUGUCCUCGUUGUAGCGUGUGGGGACAAUGGGUUGGUCCUGAAGACAAUUUAUACUCAGUGAUGAAGUAUGACCAUGGGCUGGGGUGCUGGCAGGGCCCCAACAGGUCCACCACAGUAAGUCUCUCUAAUAUCUAAACUUCACUUCCCUCCCAGCCCAAUGCUACAUCCUUUAUGACGGUCUUAUUUGCUGAGAGCAUAUGAAACGGAUUAAGUCAAAGCAUGUUUCAUGCAGUACUGGGUGGGGGAACGUGCAUGAUAAUUGAUGCAAUCUGUGCACACUGAGGCUGUGUAAGUGUACAGGUCCCUACUCUAUAGAGGUACUGCUAACCCACAAACUGUCCUGUGAAUGUAGCGGUGAAGGGUUAAUGUUGUCCCUUUGUGUGUGUCAGGUGAAGCUGACGUGUGGGAAGGAGACGGUGGUGACGUCCACGUCAGAGCCCAGUCGCUGUGAGUACCUUAUGGAGUUCACCACCCCCGCCGUGUGCCAGGAGCCACCCAGCCUGGACGAAGUCCUGCACGGACACACAGAGCUUUAGUGCUCCACACCAACAGGUAGGUAGGUACAAGCCAGGUCCAUUGAACUUAUAGAGCAGUGGAGCAAUUUAUAAUAACGUGGAUAUCAACUUUUAUAAAUACUGUACAUGUUAGGGCUGGAACGGUAAUUGUUUAAUCAUGUACCCUACAAUUAUGGACAACAACCACGGGAAAAAAUAAAAUGACCUUCAUAAUCGUUUUUAAUACAUUGAUUUUAGAAACUUCAAGUUGUCUUUCAAUCGUCACUCUACUCUGCAUGUCUGUCUUGAGCUUGCACUCUCAUUAGCUAACUUAGAAACAUUGUGUCAACUGUUGGGUCCGGCUCAUAUAGUUGUAUAGGUGCAGGGGGGAAGUGUUUGGGUAUUUUGUCAGCAUUUUGCUGGAUUUAUCUUCUUAAAAGAGAUCUGACAUCAAUGUAAUUCAAGUCCACGUAGGAAGACACGCCAAUCUAGAUAAAUUAUGCUUACUUCCCUCAUCUGGUCGAGUAGCUUAAUUUAAAACAGUGCAAAUCAAGCUAGUGCUAACCAGCUAGCUACUGUACAAAGUAAGGAGGCACAAACAAGCAGGAAAAUGAGAAGACAGUGAAACAGAGGAUGUUAACAGGCCAGAGGGACAGAGGAAGACAGGCAUUGUGCAAGGAGCCAGCCUUGACUUGGUAGGACAUCCUUCCACCUUGCACAUGUAUUUGAUAAUUUUUACAUGAAAAGGGUAAAGUUGGUAAAUUCACAAAGGGAAAAGCAAACAUUUUAUGAGAAGUAAGGCACUGUGCUAAAUUUCCAAGCGGUCAAAACCAUUUGUUUCUGAGAGCAUUUGUUGUCAGUUCUGCUUGAAAAUAAAAUAACAGUAAUUUCUCUCUCAGGUUUCUCUUUAUGGACACAUGCUAGCCUCCCCACCCUGCUCUGCUCUGCAACAACCAGCUGCUGCACUCUGGCUUCACAAACUGGAAGAUGAAGAUUCAAAAUGGUUGCUGGUCCUUUACUCCUAUUCUUGUCUGUUGUUGCAUUAACUUGUUUGUCUAGGGUUAGUUAGUGUUUCAAUUAGGUUAAAUUUUUUUAUUAAAUCCAUAAUUUCUUUUAAAAAUAAAGUCGAAUUUUUAAUAUGCUGAAUUGUUUUCUCCUAUUUUCCACUUUGCCAAUCAAUGUAAUCUAGUCUAGGAGAGCUGUACUUUAUCUAAGCAGGACAGUCAGUAGAAUGUUAAGUGUGUGCUCUGUUGGCUCUAAUAGUACAGUAGAUGAUUAUGCCAAUGAUGUGCAUUAUGACGAUGGUGGGCAGUUUGUCUUAUGCGCAUCUAUGGUUUUGCAUUGUUACCUUCUGGAAACGACAACAAUGCUCAAUGUCAUCUUGUAAAAACAACAUGGGUCACUCAGAUUUGUAACCUUUUAUUUUUUUCUGGCAUGUAAAGUACAAAUAAUUAAACAAUUCCAUGAAAAAGUCUUCAAGCGUCUUCAGCUGAAAUCCCAGUAAUAAAUAUCCUAACUAAACUGAAAGGUUUAUUUUUCUUUGUUACAUUUUGUCAUUGUUCAUUUGGUCAUGUUUGGAAGUAUGAGAUUUUGAUAUCUUCCUACUGACAUUGAUACAUUGAUGCCAGUAGAUCUGUUUUGAUCAUUUUCUCCUUUGAUUUGAUCUACCAUUCCAGGAAAAUGUUGUAAGAAGAAUGUCACUAAGUUACUGUGUCCCCUCUUCUAAAUAAAUAGACACAAAAUACAGUUGGUUGAGAAACAGAAGAACCACUGACCCCUUUCCUAUACGAGUAACCCCCAACGAUGCUUUCCUCCUGGCUGCUGUUAGAACUACUGUACAUAGAACUCAGAUGUCACGUUGGAGUUUCUGUGCUAUGGUCCUUCUAAUAACUACAGUAGUUCUGUUCAUCAGCAGUAGGAGGGAAAGCAUGUUGAGUGCACAUGGAGCCUCAGGCACUGCCUAAGGUCCAGGCUCCGCCCUGGAGCCUACAAUAGGCCACACCCCAGGCCCAGCCCAUGUCCUGACUGACACUCCCCAAGGUUCUCAGUGGCUGGAAAAACAAGACUGUGAUUAGAUUAAAUAAUCAAAAGGUUUUCAUUUAACAAGACAAACAGAACACAGGCAGUAAAGGCAUAACAUCUAGCACACAGCAUGUAUGUUUAUACACUUCAAUUAGUUAAAUAUAGCAGUGCAUUCUUUGACUAUGGAGAACAUUUCCAAAUUGUACUUCUAAAGCUGUUUUUUAAUCUAUUUGUUCCCUUUUUUUAAGAAAGAAUAUGUAACCACAAUUUUGGCAAACUUAAAAUCUUUUAAACUUGCAAAUAUAAUGAAAUAAACCAUAAAUAUACACAAAACAUACUUUAUACGAGGCAAUAAUAAUAAUAAAUAGUUUUUAAGUUAACAAUAAGUUAAAACUACAAGCUUAAAGUCGCCCAAAUAAUACAAGUUUGUUGGCGCUAUCUUGAAUUUUUUCUGUUUAAAUUGUUUAUGUUGCAACAAAAGCUACCACAGACUUUUACAAACACAAUUGAACACAUUUUGAUUGAAAUAAAAUUCUAACUAAGUCUAAAAUCUGCAUACACUAAGAACUGCAACUAAUUCAAUAAUGGAAUGGAGAAAACAAAUAUGACCCAAUCAAAGCAACCAAAUAAAAUCUUCGACCCAUGUGUGUCCUAUAUGGCAACGUCAACAACACAAAUACGCUAAGUUAACAUGUGAGUCUUGAUAUGUAAAAGAAAAUCAAUAAAUUACAGGAAAAAUGAUAAUUCUAAAAUUGACGUGGGCUAAAACUGAUGAUAUAUUAGACAGUAUCCCUUUCAAGGUCUUUUCAAUUAAAUUGCUCUUUUUUUAUUCACCCAAUAAUAAUAUGCAGUUAGUUUUAGCUUGCAUGUUCAGAGCACUAAUCCGGGGCUGGGAUUAUGGACAUUUUCAGAGCUCUCCAUCGGUGCUUGUUUGAUUCUCUUUAAUGAAUCAGUGCAUUAACACUUUUAUUUCUUUACAUUUGAUCCUUCCGCCUUUUCCGCAAACCAUUUCAGUGUGAUGUUUAAUUUCUUUUUCUUUUAAAAAAUAUAUAUAUAUUUUUGUUCUCAGUCAAUAUAAAAACAAAGCACAUUGUUCCAUAGGAAAGUUUUUUUGUCUUUUUAAAUGAUUAUUUGUUUAUUGUUGCUCAAGCGGUGCAGUACAUUUGUCUACUGCCAUUGUCCUUGGCUCUCUACCAUACGUAGGUGUGGGAAGAGAAGAGGGUCUCUGUAUUGGCUGUGUAAAAUGGGACAGUUUGUUGUUGGUCUAGUCUAGGGUGUGGCCUAGGGCCUGUUGUUGCUCUAGGGUGUGGGGGAACUGGGCUGGAACUGUACCCCAUAUCACAAGUGGGACUACUACUUCAACUGCAGCUCAACAACGUGGCCUAUUUGCUGUUCUGUUCCCAAGAUUCACAUCUGGUCUCCUAAAGUGAUGCUGUAUCAGUCCUACUGUGCUACCUUCUCUUGAGUAUGGGCACAACUCAUUGAAUGGGGAAGGAGGUGUGGGGUGGAGUUAAAUUAUGACAGGGUGUUAUUGUCUGACUUUUCAUUUUUGUUUGUUUUGGUUGGCACACAACCAAUAUACAACUGGGGCACAGUAAGAAAUGGAAUGGUCAGGGUUAGAAAGAGGCUGAUGGUGUAACAGUGGAAGAGCAUAGGGUUAAACUGAAACAAUGCUGUCAUACUCUGAUAUGUUGGAUUCCUAUUGUGAGCGGAUGGUGUGAAUAUUACAGUAUUGAGGUUCAAGAGACACUUGUGUGGAACUGUCGUGGUUUUUUGCUGAAAGGUGAAUUAUUUGUAUACAUUGUUGUAGGUUUGUGGUAAGCACCUGUGCAAAUGGGCUAAAUUAUAUUUACUCAACAGAUAUGUUAACCAAAAGAUAUUAGUUCCAUUCUGAUAUAAUUUGAUAUGAACAACAGAUAUUUCUGCAAGCGCUAUGGGGAUUUAAAAUGAUAAGGGAUCUUCAUGCAAUAAAUGAUAAUGGUUUAUAGAAGAAUUAUUAGGGGAACAGUUAGUAUAGUAUAGACUGAAUUAUUCCUUAUUGACACCCAUAUUCCAAAUUCUUUGGCUAAAUCUUAAUUCAAAUAUACCUAAUCAUCAUUGCAUUGAAAGGACGCUUUAUUGAGAAUCUACUUCAAGCCUUUCUGUUUCAAACCAGCCCAAGGUGUCUGUGAGGACAAAUCAUUGGGCCUGACUCACUGUCUUUACUGCAGCCUGAUUUAAGUGUCUCCUUUGAAAGCAAUACACUUCACUGCACAAUCAUUGAAGCAACACUGACUGUACGCAACUUCAGAGAAAGCCAUAUGUGUUUGUCUAGUUUACACUCAAAGAUUGCAGUAUUAGUAAUGCAGAUGUGUCUCUGUAAAGUUUGAUUCCUAAUCAUUGAAUUGGUUUGUGUUGAUGUGUAUUUGUUCUAUUCCAAUGUCUUUGUUUAUGUUUUCAAUAGUUUGUUUAUAGGUUGUGGUUGAAAAAGUAAGGUUGUGUGAGAUAACUUCUCUUCUUCGCCCCCUUUCCUCGACCCCCACCUAUACACCGCAUGCAGGCUCUCCUCCCUCUCUCUCUCAAAGAUCAAAGGUCUUAAAAUACAGCCAUGCGGUGUCCCAUGUUUUCAGAGUUUUAAGAAUCUGUAAAAAUUCAGCACAAGGUCUUGUUCUUUUGUAUGUAUAAAAAUAGAUUUAUCUCUAAAGUAAUCCUUUCAAAGAGAUGGUUGUCCUCUUUGGCUAACACAGCGUUAUUUAGAAAAGCAAAAAUGUCUUGAACACACUUUACCUUAUUUAAUCUAUUAUAUGCAGAUGUCUUUAUAUUGUAAUCCUAUCUCUCCCCAUGAAACGUCUUGUCAGAUAUUUCUGACAGACAGUCACCAAGACUAUGUUGUCGUUAUAUUUUCAUCAAGGGGUGUCACAAAUGAUUUCCAUGGGUUUGUUGAUAUAUUUUUUAAACAUUCUAGCUAGGUGAUAGUGCCGAUCAGAUGUUGCAAAUCAACAAUCACUUUUUUAAAUUGCCAAUGUGAGAUAAACAAACUUGUUACUGUUGGUUUCUGCAGGCUUGAUUUCUUCUAUUUUGACAGGGCAGGCAGGGUUACAAUGAGAGUGAUUAUAAACUGAUUCUCAGGAGCUUCUAUAAAGUGUCAUAUAAGGGGUUUGAAUGAAACUGAGGAGUGUUUAGCGAACUGAGGAACAGGUAAGAAGCUGUCUCACCCUCUGGGACUCAGUGAGGAGAUAUCACAGAGUCAUGACGGAAUCUCAACCUAAGUCAAAACUACCGUCCUCUCAAUCUGAUCCAUGCAUAAUGGUGAUGUUGAGCCUGUCUAGCCAGGCCAAUCAUUUCCAUUGAAUUGCAAAAACCUUCUCAUUCCCUUGGAGGGGUGUUAUAUCUGGUUGGGUGUUUUGGUAAAGUGGCUCUGUGAUUUGGUGAAAUGACUUUGCUCUAAACUCACGGUCCCUAGUCUCUCAGAGAAUUGUACAUGAACACUGUCUCCAUGGGAACACUAGCUGGGACAAUGCUCUACUUUGUUCACACAGACAGCUCUGUUUGUGGUGGAAUCCAUCAAUUCUACUCUCUGAAUAGAAGAACCAGAGUGAAAAAAUACAGGGAGAUUAUUGGAUGUCAGUGAUGUUCAGUAUUCUAGUGUUGUUUUCCCCCUAACAGGGCUGAUAUGUGUGACUGUGUGUUUCUGUAGUGGAUGUGUUGUGUUUUCUCUCAGUGUGAGUGAGACUAUCUGUGUUGUGUAAUUCUGGUGGCCUUCAGGCUGCUUGUCUUUGUGACCAGUAUCUGUUCAGUUUGAUAACCUAAAUCGUAUUGGAUGUGACCUUAAUAGGGUAGAGAAACUGCCCUAAAGCUAGGCACAACCUACCUAAUGUAGAGCCAGGAAACAGUAGUCAAAGUUUCUAGAAAAAGCUUACAUACUUGGCUAUUAUAACCACCUUAAAUAUUGAAUAUAUAGUUAUAUUUUAAUAUACGUAUAUAAGAGAACACUGUUUUUAAUUAAUUUUCUUUGAUCUAAAAAAAAUCACAAAUUCAAAAUGCCCAAGUGUAAAAAAAAGUGACUACACUCUCUCCAGCAAGAUAAUGGGAUAGUUCGUGGGGUAAACGUUUGGGGUUUAAAUUGCACAUAUUUGUAGUUCAUUUUAGAUUUUUGAUCAUUUUGUUUCAGCAGUUUUUGUCAUUAUUUGCCUGAAUUCAAUCAAAGCACUCAGCACACAUUCUCUGUCACAUUCGUUAGACUGUCUCCCUCAUCGAGGCCUUUACCCCCAACCCCAGAGACCAACUACCCAACGCACCCCUACUAAUUCAAUCCAGGCAAACAUAGGGAAGGACUAGCAUGUUGUGUAAAGAGAAAAUAAAAACUCUACUAGUGUAUUUGUUUGAAACUCUGACUUUGUGUAUGUUUGUGUGUAUGCAUGUCUGAUAGUGUAUGUAUGUAUGUGUAUUGGGCUGUGUAUGGGUGUGUGUGCGUCAGAGAGAGAGACAGUCCAGGCCCAUGUAGGGUGACGGUAACAGGGAGCUCAGUGGCGCUCCCUGCUGGCUGAAGGAGCUGGCGUGAGCUAGCAGCUCUCUCUCUCUCUCUCAGGCCUUGUGUUGCUUGCUGGUCUUGAAGGAGACCUGCAGCACGCGGUCUCCCAGGCGGUAACCGUUGAGACUAGCGAUGGCCAUGGCUGCCUCAUCGUAGUUGGUCAUGGUGACGAAGCCGAAGCCCUUACAUUUGUUGGUGGUGAAGUCACGGAUGACCUUGACAUUUGUGACGGCGCCGAAGGGCCCGAACAGCUGCCACAGGACGCUUUCGUCAGCCUUCGGGCGAUAGGUUGUAGACGAAGAUACACCAGCCGGCUCCGGUGGGCCCGGUUCAGGUUGACUCCCGCCAGGCUGGUCAUGCUGUCGAUGGUGAUGGGGGAGAACCU